AUGGCAAAAAGAAAGAGAGAAGCCGCCGCUACUGGCAACGGUGGUCCACCGUCGAUUGCGUCAAAAAAGCCCAAGAAAGUACAGGAGCUCGCCAGCUCUACUACGACAAAAACCGGUACAUCAACUUCCUCGAACAAAGCCGCCGCGAAGACGGGCCCGGCUCCCGAGACAGUCAGCUUCGCCGACGCCUUCCUCUUCAACGCCCACAGCUCCGCGAUCCGGUGCCUUGCGCUGUCGCCGGCAUCCGCGCCGGUGCCCGGCCAGGCGCAGAAGGUGAUCCUGGCGACGGGGUCGACGGACGAGCGCAUCAACCUGUACAACCUGUCGGCGCACCCGCCGUCGGCGCGGGCGCGCUCGGCGGCGCGGGAGCUCGCGUCGGCGGCGCUGCCGCGCGCGGUCGUCGAGAGCGGCGGGAACCGCGAGCUGGGCACCCUGCUGCACCACGCCGCCGCCGUCACCCAGCUGGCGUUCCCCACCCGCGGGAAGCUGCUCUCGGCCGCCGAGGACUCGACCGUCGCCGUCACGCGCACGCGCGACUGGAGCUUGCUCAGCACCGUCAAGGCGCCCGUGCCCAAGCCGGUGGGGCGGCCCAGCGGGGAUACGGCGGCCCAUGGGGCGACGCCGAGGGGCGUCAAUGCGUUUGCGGUGCAUCCCAGCCUGAAGCUGAUGAUCAGCGUUAGCAAGGGGGAGAGGGCGAUGCGGCUGUGGAACCUGGUAACGGGGCGGAAGGCGGGCGUGCUCAACUUUGGGAGGGAGGUGUUGGCGCAGGUGGGCGAGGGGAAGCACGGCACCGGGGAGGGCAGGAGGGUGGUGUGGGGGAGCAACGCCGACGAAGGGGACGAGUUCGCCGUCGCUUUCGACCGCGACCUCCUGGUCUUUGGCAUGGACAGCCGCCCGAGGUGCAGGGUCAUGAGCGAUCUGAAGACCAAGGUCCACGCGGUCACCUAUCUGACGCUUGCCGCGGGUGGGGAGGACGCUCUCCUGGCCGUGUCGACCGAGGACGGGAGGAUCCUCUUCUUCUCCACCAGGACCGACGACCUCGUCAAGGCGGCGGGCGGGGACGAGGACGGUAAGCAGACGCAGGCCCUCCCGACUGCGAAGCUGGUCGCCCAGCUCGGCGGCAAGGACGCGGGCGUGUCUGGCCGGAUCAAGGAUUUUACAGCCCUGCCGGUGGACGGGGAGGACGGCAAGAGGGUCUGGUACAUCAUCACAGGGAGCAGCGACGGGAGGCUACGGAUGUGGAAGCUAGAGUCGGGCGAGCUUCAGACCACGGACAACAAGGAGGCCGGGAGGCAGGUGGGCAGCUUGCUGGGCACGUACGAGACGCAGAACAGGAUCACUUGUGUGGCGGCUUUUAUCAUGAUACCCCGACCCGAAGGCGUGGACGAUAGCGAGGACGAGGAGGAGGAGGGCGAGUCAUCCGGAGACGACAAUGGCGAAGGGGACGACUCGGACGACCCGACCCCGCCCGAGGAGGAAUCGGCACCGGGCACCCCCCUCAACGGGGCCGGCGACCACGGCCACGGCGCCCGGCCGGGGUCCGCAGCGCGCCUCCUGGAUCCGCGCCACGAGGCGGACUCGAUCAGCCGGGCGGCCUCGUUCGUUAACCUCACGGCCUCGACCCUCUUCGGCAUCUACUCCCCCAGCACGCCCGGCGGGGGCCGCAGCCGCGUCUUCGACGCCGACGCCGACGAGCCCGGCACGCCGUGGGGCACCGCCGGCUCCCUCACGCCGACCCAGCGGCCCAGCCUCGACGACGCCACCUUCCAGGUGAUGAAGGAGAGGGCCCGGUCCGGCAGCUACAGCCGCUACGGCGUGUCGUCGCCCGACCCCGCCGCCGCCGCCCACGCCACGAGGAGGGGUUCGGCGGGCGACCCGGCCAACGCCAACGCCGCCGGGCCCGCGGUCCUGUCGUCGCUGGCCGCGAGGGCGGCGCUGCUGUUCGCGCUGGGCGUCGGCUACGGCCUCCUGGUGACGCGCCUGCACAGCGACCGAGACCUGGGGCUCGCCGCGUCGUUUGGCGUCGAGGGCCUCGUGCCCGAGGGGGGCUACGACUGGCGCUACCUGGUGUUCUGGGGCGUGGCCGGCGUCGCGCUCGGGGGGCUGUUGCCGUGGUUUGAUGGGGUGUGGGAGGAGAGCUUUGGGAAGCAUGAGGGCGCUGCUCACGGUGCUAGGGCUGGGAAUGGGGCUGGGGCUGGUAGGCGUCACGGUGAUGGCCAGGAGACCAGUCCGGAGAUGGACUGGGCCCUCGUCAUGCGCGGCAUUGGGGCAUUUGUUGGUAUUGUGUUCGCCAUUCGCAAACUCCCCUGGACAUCCACAAUGCAGGUGUCCUUGACCUUGGCCCUGGCAAACCCCUUCCUCUGGUACAUAAUCGAUCGCUCCAAGCCCGGAUUCUGGCUCUCGGCGGCCGUUGGUCUGGCCGGCUCGGCGGUCCUCAUGGGCCUCAACCCGGAGAUGAUGCCGGUCCCGACGGGGCUCGGCCCAGGCGCCCUCUCCCGGAACCUGACGCGGCAUCGCCACUCCGACUCCCCGGCGCCGCUGGGAGCUCUGGCGAGCCACGAGACGAUCGAGACGGCGAUAUGGAUGGUCAGUGUGCUGUUCUGCAGCUGCGUCUUCUUUGGGAACAUAGGCCGGCGCCUGGCACUGAGCAGGUCCUCUACCGCGAGGGGCCGAUGGGGUGGUGUACGAUGA